AUGCAUUGUGAUAGAAAUGAGAACAAGAGCAGACUUCAGAGUCUGUCUGGUUUCUCGUACUCAAGCAUGAACCGAUCUAACUCGACUUUAAACUCGAGUUUGGCCCACUCACAUGUUUUGCCAAGCUCACUAUAUCUCUCCGCUGGCAAACACACCUCACCAGCAGAUCAGCACGCCAGGAAGCUCUCAGAGUGGGGGAUUGAUACAAUGCAUGAUAGUUCUCCGACAAUGGUAGAAUCUUCGGAGUUUAGCAGCAACGAACAAGAUGUUUUUCCAGAGGACGAUGUGAACGAAAAGUUGGCCUUUUCAGAAACUGACGAAGACCACAUAGGGUUUUCAAGAUUCGAGACAGUCGUGUCGAAAGUCUUUGUUCAAAAUGCAUUUGAUACUCACAGCUUCAUAGACGAGUUUCAGUACACAAUCAUAGCCUCGCAGCUGCUCACUGACGCCAUACGGCCUUUAUGGGCCGCAAAACCCAAAACCCAGCACUCUCCUCUUCAUGUCGGCAAUGAUCGAAGCUCAAUCCAACCCUCACGUUACAAAUCGGAGAUACCAACCAAAUUUGGGAUGCUUUUGGUCAAGGAUAGACAGCAAUUUCUUCGCAAAACAGUGCCUUUCCUCCCGACCGUCUCGACCGCGCGUCGUUGUCUGGUUAUCAUGAAGAAUUGCAAGACUGCAACCAAAAGCAAGCAGAGAGUUUUCUUUACACUUUGCAUCGGAGUGUACUUGGCUCUGCAACAGGAGCUGUUCCACUCACACUACGUAAAAUUUUCCGCUUUAAUUGUUCUGCAAAACUCAGUCGAGCAACUACAGGCUUUGGACAAACUGCUCCAUCGCCUUCAUAUUCGAUACAAGGAACUCACUAUCUACAAACCUAUUGCGUUGGUACAAUCCUGCCACCCAUCAGGCUCGAAUUUAUCGGUUAUCAAAGACGUUUUGACCGCUUCUCUUGACUUGAUGUUCUACGAACUACAGGCCAUUACCAAGCAAAUACUUCCACUUUUAAGAAAGCAAGAACUAUUUCGGUACUGCGAAAUAUAUGGUGUCAACUUGGUGGACCUUUAUUUUGCCAUCAAUAGCGAAGCAUCAGGCGUAAGUGAGAAAGCUAGCAGAACUCAUCUUCUGAAAAAGUUUCUUCUAUGCUGUUUUUUGUCAGUGGGUCGGAAACGCGAUAAAGAUUCUGAAGAAAAAGAGCUAGAGUAUCAACUUACGCUUAAAAAGAUCUUUUCAACUUGCCCAGUCGACCACCAAUAUUCAGAGUAUAAGAGAUCGCAGGUGCUGCUGCAUCAACUUCACAAAUUAUCCAAGCUGCUCGAAACAGUUCAUACAUUUUUGAUUCAGUACAAAUCUCACUUGAACGACACUACGUCGCAUUCGAACCAUAUUCAGAGUCUACAGACUGACCAUCAACAUGAUUAUCGCACAGCCACAACGCUCAACUUGAUACAAGAAUUGCAGAAAUUUCUGAUCACAAACAACACUAGCACAGAGGAGCGAACAAGUGAGAGGAUGAUUCGGAAACUUGACGCAAUAUCGAGACUAUGGCAUCAAAACCCUUCUUCUAAAGAAAGACAUCCCAGUCACCAGAAUGAAAAGCGGCAUUUGAGUGGUUUAAAUCUCAAUGUCGUCCAGUCACCAACUCUCAGUAGCAGUGAAUUCGAAGUCAAUCAGAAAUGGGAUCGAAAUAAGCCGGUGUUGGCUUCUGCAGUCGACUUUAAACAGGUAGAGGGAUCGGGACUUGAUACAGAAUCGGAACAAGAAGGUGAUGACACUAUAACCGAACAGAUUUUUACCUAUAACGAAAACAUUGACCACAAAGACGAGUUCCGUAAGCUUACGGAUGAAGAACUACGGAAUAAACUUAACGAAAGAAUAAUGAACUUGGCGAUUGAAAACAAACAGGGCAAGCAAAGGUUACGGACGAAAAAAAGCUUUGGACUGCUGGAUAGGAACAAAGCUGUAAACAGAGAGAAGUCCAUGAUCGAAGGCCGGCCUUCACAUUGGACCAAAUUCACCUCAGAAGAAAGUAUACCAGUUCUUUACGAGCUGAGGCAAAUCCUGGAGAAAAACUGA